UUCAUAAACUUGUAAAAUAUGAAAUACUCUUUAUAACUCUUUACAAAUUUAACAAAUCUCUUGACUUAAAUUUACAUAAGAACUUGAAAAUUUCAUGUAACUUAAUUAAAACAAGAAAAAAUCUUCAAAACGUCUUCUAAAAGUGAUAACAUUUCUACCUGAAUCCAAUUGUUCAUUCAAUUAUUAAAUAUUCAUUUUGUUUCAGAAUAAUUCAUGUUUUUAGAGUUUCACACAUAUUAAAACAUAUUAAAUUUUGAUUAUAUAUGCAUCAUUUUUUCUGAUUAAAUAUUUUUCAUAAUUUUUAACCAAUAGAAAUUUAAUUACCUCAAUUUUUUUUUCAAAGUUUACAAUCAUCAUAAUUACCUAAUAAAGAUACAUUUAAAAUGUAAAAAAAAAUGUUUCUUAACUCUUUCUAUUUUCUAAAAUAUGGAUUAUUUUUGAAGAGUGAGUAUUAAAUCGACUGUUAAUUACAGAUCCAUUGUUUAAUGGGAAACCUAAAUAGCAGAUGUACGUUAAAGUUUAAACUCUUGGAAAAUGUAAGACAUCAAUGAAAAAAAAACAAAACAAAACAAAAGAAAAGGCACUUUUGCCGCACAACUUACGCCUUCUCUGUUUAUUUGACUAUUUAUAUGUACAUACAUUUCCUUUCACCAGAAUCCCAGCAACACCAAAUCAACAGAAUCUCUCUCUUUCUCAACACAAAAACACUUCGAGUUCCUUAAAUCCCUAAAACCCUAAUCUCAAUAUGGACAAUUUCGAGCCACACAGCCAAGAAUCCUUGAAAAGAAGGUUUCAUCAAGACAACACGACCACGCAUCAACCUCGUGAAACCACAAAAAGAACAACGUCCUUCCUGCCAAAAUCUAUUUCAACAAACCCUAAUAUUAGCUCAAGCUCCGGAGCCGCCGGGAGAUUCUCAGCGUUUGGACUCAAUGUCGACGAUGAUCUAGUUUCAUCUGUGGUUCCUCCCGUUACCGUUGUUCUCGAGGGACGUUCUAUCUGCCAACGCAUUAGGCUAGAAAAGCAUGAGAGUUAUCAAACCUUGGCUUUGGCUCUGAGGCAAAUGUUUGUCGAUGGGGCUGAUUCGACUUCGGAGACGAAAGAUCUUGAUCUGUCCAACGCCAUCCCUGGCCAUAUUAUUGCUUAUGAAGACAUGGAGAACGAUCUACUUCUCGCUGGUGAUCUUACUUGGAAGGAUUUUGUUCGUGUAGCUAAGAGAAUUCGAAUCUUGCCGGUGAAAGGGAACACAAGAAAGGUUAGAAGGAACGAGUAAGUAGAGAGAUAACGUUUUGCCAACGAAGUCUGU